AUGUGGUUGACUGAGAGCAUGGAGCCAGAGGAAGCACACAGCAAGAGAAGCUUGUUCAGCAAGGUAGAUGUGCCUGACCAUGUUCACUAUGUCGUUGCUUUCUUCGUAUUCGUUAUUGGGGCACUUGGCAUCACUGGGAAUGCCCUGGUGUUGUUUGCUUUCUACAGCAACAGGAAGCUCCGUAAACUGCCAAACUACUUCAUCAUGAAUUUGGCAGUGAGUGAUUUCCUCAUGGCUUUCACACAGUCUCCCAUCUUCUUCAUUAACUGCCUCUACAAAGAAUGGAUUUUUGGUGACACGGGCUGUAAGAUCUAUGCUUUCUGUGGUGCCCUUUUUGGCAUCUCUUCCAUGAUAAACCUUUUGGCCAUCUCAAUGGAACGAUAUCUGGUCAUCACCAAACCACUACAGACCAUGCGUUGGGGUUCCAAACGGAGAACGAUUUUUGCCAUCUCUCUCGUGUGGUUUUAUUCUUUGGCUUGGAGUUUGGCUCCUCUUGUUGGCUGGAGCUCCUAUAUCCCAGAGGGCCUGUUGACAUCUUGCACAUGGGAUUAUGUUACAUAUACAACAGCUAACAGGAGUUACACCAUGAUGCUCUGCUGUUUUGUCUUCUUUAUUCCACUCGGGAUCAUCUUUUACUGCUAUCUUCGAAUGUUUCUAUCUAUACGAAAGACUAGCAGGGAGGUCGAACGUUUGGGCACUCAGGUCAGAAAAACAGCUCUUAUCCAACAGAAAUCCAUCAGGAGUGAGUGGAAAUUGGCAAAGAUUGCCUUUGUUGUCAUUGUGGUGUAUGUCCUCUCCUGGUCACCCUACGCCUGUGUAACAUUGAUUUCCUGGGCCGGCUAUGCCAAUAUUUUGUCUCCAUACUCCAAGGCUGUUCCUGCAAUCAUUGCAAAGGCCUCAACAAUUUAUAAUCCAAUUAUCUACGCCAUCAUUCACAACAAAUACAGGAUGACUCUUGCAGAAAAAGUGCCAUGCCUGUGGUUUUUGUCUCCGGCUCCCAGAAAGGAAUGCCUGUCCUACUCCAUCAGUGAGUCCUCUCUCAGGGACUCCAUCAUCAGUAGACAGUCCAACACUUCCCGGACUCAUUUUAUUAAUGCUUCACCAAACCGCAUUGAUAUGAUGUUGAAGGAUGUAGAAAUGGAAUAUCUUGGGAGGCAGUCGGGAGGCUCCUUUAAAAGCGUGUCAUCAUACAGGUCGUCAUAUAGAGGCAGAUCCAGUAAGAGGCCAUCUGAGCCCCAGAUGAUCAACAACUGCACAUCAAAGAAGCAACAAACUACUAAGAUUGACCCACUGAGCACCCAUGACCAUGGCCUGGUUUCCAGCUCUCUGAGCAUCACCACAUUACCUUUACUUGUUCUUACCAGGAGACGCAGUGAGAGCCUAACAGAUGGGACUUUACACACAUACAAUGACAAAAGUGACAUAGAGCGGCUGCAAGGCCAGAAGAGCAGCUCUUUUGAUUCUCUGAAUCUUGGGAAAAAGCCCAUUACUGACCCCAAGUUGCCUCAGAGUGUUCCUCGCAUAAUUGUCAUCAGUCCGAGUUCUGAAAGCAGCAUCAUCCACCAUGAUGGCGUCCGUUUAGAAGACAGCAUUGAAGCAAUGGAAAACAAUGUUUUUGUAAGUCUAAACUUCUCAACAGAAGUAUUUGAGGCAGUGAAACUACUCUCUUGA